AUGGUUGCAGCAUUAGCAAGAGCUAUAAUCACAAAACCCACUUCCACAACUCUCCCAAGUCGUCUUUUUUCAUCAUCAUAUUUCUCAUCGAUAGAUCAAUCCCCACCACUUCCUGGUUUCAUUAGACCUAAAAGACAACAUUUGGUUCUUUUAUUUCAUGUUGUUCAAGUACUUACACCUUGUGCAUCUCUUUUGAAUACUAUACGAUGUAGAGUUAAUCGGUCUGGUUCUGAUUCAUAUUCACCUAUGAAUUUUGGGUCCAAUUACAGUGAUCGUCCUCCUACUGAAAUGGCACCAUUGUUUCCUGGUUGUGAUUAUGAACAUUGGCUUAUUGUUAUGGAUAAUCCUGGUGGUGAAGGUGUUGAUUGA